AUGGAGAUCAACAAUAGCAGAGCACCAAGUAGAGCUAUAGAAGAGAUCAGACUCACCUCGUCAUCCUCAAGAAACAGAGGCGAUCACCCAAUACUCACAUCCACGGGAGGCAGAGGCAUAUCAAUGAUGUGGGGGAAGAUGCUGAGCGAGAACAGGGUAGCCUUGGCUAAGGCGGCAGGUGCAGCAUGCUAUGCGUGGGGGGGAUAUGGAGAGGUUAACGUCCAACCUACGGAAACACAGAACCUCUUCAUAUUCACUUUCAGCAAUGAAGAAAUCAGGGAAAUGAUAUGGAGGGACAGACAGUGGAGUUUGUCAAAUACGCUAACUGCUGUGGAGAAAUACAACGGAAGGGGGAAGCCUGAAGAAGUUCCCAUAGAGAAGGUGGCCAUGUGGGUGCAAAUUCACAGGAUGCACCAAAACCAGAGGAGCGAACAGAAUAUGGUGGCGAUUGGAACUCAUUACUUCCCGGGGCUCCUCGACCUGGAUAGAGCAAGCUUGGAAUUCUCGGGAUACAGAAAGUUCCUGAGGAUUCUGGUAGAGGUCGACCUCAAAGACCCAGUCCCGAUCGGCUUCGACUUUCCGUUCAUAGACGAAUCCACCGGAGUUGAUCACUGCGACGUGAUUGACUUCAAGUACGAGAGGCUGGUGGAAUUGUGCUACUUCUGUGGGAGAAUAGGCCACAACUGGCCGACUUGCUGGAGAAUGAACGAGGAGAGGAAGAGGAACAGAGUCGCACACCUUUCAGAGAUCUACAACUCAUCGCUCAAGGCGGGAAUCGACUCACCUCACAUGCACCAGGCGGCCAACUACAGGAACAGCAGGGAGGGGGAAGGCUCACAAAGAUCUUCGACGGGAAGAGAGACGGCGCGAUCAGGAACCCAAAGUCGAUUGAGGGCGGAAGAAGGAAGAACGCUGUCGAUUCCGGUGGGAAGGAGUUAUGAAGGGAACUUACAAAUCCCUCUAGGAUUUACGGUAAGAAGGGUGGAGCAAGAAAUUAAGGGAGAGGAGGAGCAAGUGUCGCAGGGGAGAUGGAGAGGAAGGUAUCAAGAGGAGAUGGGAUCUACAAAUCUGAACGUGGAACUGGACAGGGCGGCGGUGACUAUGGAGAUGGGGAAGAGAUUGGAGGAAGAAAGGAUUGUCUUCGAUUUGGGGCGGCCAACAGUGGAGGUGGAGACAGAUUUGUCUCUUGGGCCUACCCAUCAAAGCUUCCCAGCCCAAAGCCAAUUCCAUGCAGCCCUAAAUGAGGUUGCUGAGUACCGGCACCUACAAGAUGGGAGUGAAGAAGUGGCAGGCCGAAAACAAAAGAAAAGGAAAGGAAUGGGCCUGGUUGGUGGUGAAAGGCCCAGGGCCGAGUUUAGUGAAGAUGAGGCCCUUCACUUAGGGCCAGUAGGUGGGUUUGAAAUGGGUGGGCUUGGGGAGGGCACCAGGAAAAGGAAUUUGAAGGGUAAGUAUCUGCACCCCAGCACCUCUAAGGGGAAACAUCCUGAAAUUGAACAGGAGGGUCGAGGAAUGAAGAAUAAGGCAGCGGUGGUUCGCGAGAAGCCACCUCUCCAAAAAUGA